UCCUAUUAGCCUCACUCCCUUCCUUACACAACCCAGACUUUAUCUUUGACUAUUUCAAAUAUUAUCUUCAUACUACAUAUAACACUUCUGCCUCUCUGCACUUAAUACUGUCUGGAAAAUGCCCAACCAUGAGCUCAAAAUCUACUGCCACGCCAUCCAAGCAACUGAAUCCUAAAGAGAAGAGAAAUUACUAAGAUAUAUAUUGUAUGUUUUCUGAAACAACCACUUUAUAAAAUUAAUCUUCAUAGGGUCAUUCAAAAUGAAGUUUCUAUUAUUGGCCUGCAUCUUGUGUGUUUCUUUUGCAAAGAAAGUUCUCUCUUCUGGUGAAGAGGAUUACAGUGGCAAUCAUUACCCUCUUGACCCAUCUCUGAAUAUUCUGUAUCCCACAUCAGGCCUUAAUUUUGCUCCUCCUUUUCGUCCUUCAAGGAAUAAAAUCCCCAGUUACCCUGGGAAUCCUGACCCUGAUUCAGGGGUACCCUCGUAUCCCUGGAUUCUCAAUUCUCCAGGAGCCCUCCUCUACCACAGUCCUAGUUUUACCAUAAUUACUUCGUCGGUCCCCUCUUCUCCUCAGAUAUCUUCCUACUUUGUCCCUCCCUUGAGCAGACUUGAAGGACCUUUUAUCCCCCUCAGUGCUCCCAUGCCUGUGGCUGCUGAGCCCCAUAUAUCUACACCUCUUGUAACUACACCUACUACACCUCCCAACCCAAAGCUUAUUGCGGUUGAGCCUGGGCCCCUAGAGUCUGAUGAAGCCGAGCCUGCUGCUUCAGAACCUCAGCCUUCUUGACUAGAUAUUGUUGAACAAAUCAAUGAAAUCUACAAAAAUCUAC